AUGGCUUCCUUGCAGUCGGCGCCUAACAUGGCGUCUGGCAACGUGAGCUUGCCGCCUCACUUGACGCAACAGCACGUCCAGGAGGUUCUUCAGAAAUUCAAGCAGAUGCAAGAACAAGGUGUCCGCCAUGACGACCCUGAAUACCUCAAGGCGCACAACCUGCUCUCUGCCAUCCAACGGCAGCAAGCCUUCCAGAAGCAACGAAUGCAGCAGCAACAACAGCUCCAGGCACAACAGCGCCAACAGCAGGUGAAUGGUGCUGGCGCGGAUGCCGCCACCAAUGGAGCCCAUGUGCGCACCGGCUCGACUUCGUCUACUACUGGCGCUAUUCGAGAGUCCUCCUCUACGCCGAACCAGGCCCAAGUUGCAGGACAGAAGAAUGGCCCUGGGCCCAGCAGUAGCUUUUCGCCAGAGCAAUUGGCCACUCUGCGCAAUCAGAUUCUGGCGUUCAAGAUGCUCUCCAAGAAUCUUGCUAUCCCGCCUCGCGUCCAGCAGCAGCUUUUCGCGUCCAAGAAACAACAGACGCCGACGCCUACCGAGAACGUCAGUGUGGCCGAAAAUGUGGUCGAAAAUGCGCAAAAGAUCUCUGCGGAUAAAGCUGCUAACGCAGAGCCCGCUGCUCCGGCCAAGGACUGGUAUGGGAGCUUCGAGUCUCCAUACGACUCGCUGUCCAAAACAAUCAGCUACACAGAUCACGCUACUCGCGCGAACCGCGCACGCAUCCCUGCUCUCAUGCCCCUUGGCAUCGACUUGGAACAAGUGCGCGAGGAUCGUGAAUUGAUUCUGUACAACAGGAUCACUGCGCGGAAAGCGGAGCUUGCUGAGUUGCCUGCCAACCUUGGCGCAUGGGAUACCAGCAAGAGUGAUGCGCCCACCGGUGACGAUUCUUUGAAGCUGAAGGCGCUCAUUGAGUACAAGAUGCUCAAUCUCUUGCCGAAGCAGAAACUUUUCCGCAAGCAAAUUCAAAACGAGAUGUUUCAUUAUGAGAACCUUGGCAUGACUGCGAACCGCUCGAGUCAUCGUCGCAUGAAGAAGCAGUCUCUGCGGGAGGCCCGAAUCACUGAGAAGCUUGAGAAGCAACAGCGUGAUGCUCGUGAGACCCGCGAGAAGAAGAAGCAAUACGACCAGUUGCAGGCUAUUCUCAAUCACGGCGCUGAAGUCGCCAACGCCACUGUCCAACAACGCACUCGCUCGCAGAAGCUGGGUCGCAUGAUGCUCCAGCACCACCAGUUCAUGGAGCGUGAGGAGCAGCGACGUGUGGAGCGGACCGCCAAGCAACGUCUUCAGGCUCUGAAGGCUAACGAUGAGGAAACGUACCUGAAGCUGCUCGGACAAGCCAAGGAUUCCCGCAUCUCUCACCUGCUCAACCAGACCGACAACUUCCUGAAGCAGCUGGCUGCCUCUGUCCGAGCGCAGCAACGGAACCAGGCCCAGCGCUACGGCGAUGAACACGACGAUUUUGAAGAAGAAGAAGAGGAAGACGAGAUCGGUGGAAGUUCCGACGAGGAGACUCCCGGCCAAAAGAAGAUUGAUUAUUACGCUGUGGCCCAUCGCAUCCGAGAGCAGGUCACUGAGCAGCCUUCGAUUCUCGUUGGUGGUACUCUGAAGGAGUACCAGCUGAAGGGCUUGCAGUGGAUGAUUUCUCUGUACAACAACAACCUGAAUGGUAUCUUGGCCGACGAGAUGGGUCUUGGAAAGACCAUCCAGACCAUCAGUUUGAUCACCUACAUCAUUGAGAAGAAGCGGAAUAACGGCCCAUUCUUGGUCAUUGUACCUCUGAGUACGCUGACCAAUUGGAACCUUGAGUUUGAGAAGUGGGCACCUUCGGUCAGCAAGGUCGUCUACAAGGGACCUCCCAAUGCUCGCAAGCAGCAACAGCAGCAGAUUCGUUGGGGCAACUUCCAGGUCCUCUUGACCACCUACGAGUACAUCAUCAAGGAUCGUCCCGUGCUCAGCAAGAUCAAGUGGACACACAUGAUUGUUGACGAAGGUCACCGGAUGAAGAACGCUCAAUCAAAGCUGAGCAGCACUUUGUCCACAUACUACGUCAGCCGUUAUCGUUUGAUCUUGACCGGUACUCCGCUGCAGAACAACCUGCCUGAGCUGUGGGCCCUUCUCAACUUCGUCCUGCCGAACAUUUUCAAGUCUGUCAAAUCGUUUGAUGAGUGGUUCAAUACGCCGUUUGCCAAUACCGGUGGCCAAGACCGCAUGGAUCUGAGCGAAGAAGAGCAGCUGCUUGUGAUUCGUCGUCUGCACAAGGUUCUUCGUCCUUUCCUCCUCCGCCGUCUGAAGAAGGAUGUCGAGAAGGAUCUGCCUGACAAGCAGGAGCGGGUUAUCAAAUGUCGCUUCUCCGCGCUGCAAACCAAGCUGUACAAGCAGCUCGUGACCCACAACAAAAUGGUGGUCAGCGAUGGGAAGGGUGGCAAGACUGGAAUGCGUGGUCUGAGCAACAUGCUUAUGCAGUUGCGAAAGCUCUGCAACCAUCCGUUUGUCUUUGAGCCCGUGGAAGACCAGAUGAACCCCAGCCGGAUGUCCAACGAUCUUCUGUGGCGAACAGCAGGGAAAUUCGAGUUGCUUGAUCGGGUUCUGCCCAAGUUCCGUGCCACCGGACAUCGUGUCUUGAUGUUCUUCCAGAUGACCCAGAUCAUGAACAUUAUGGAGGAUUUCCUUCGCAUGCGUGGUCUCAAGUAUCUCCGCCUUGAUGGCUCCACCAAGUCUGAUGAUCGAUCCGAUCUGUUGAAACUUUUCAAUGAGCCGGGCUCUGAGUACUUUUGCUUCUUGCUCUCGACCCGUGCUGGUGGUCUGGGUUUGAAUCUGCAGACUGCCGACACCGUCAUCAUCUACGACUCCGACUGGAAUCCUCACCAGGAUCUGCAAGCCCAGGAUCGUGCUCAUCGUAUCGGUCAGAAGAACGAGGUCCGCAUCCUGCGUUUGAUCAGCUCGAACUCUGUUGAGGAGAAGAUCUUGGAGCGUGCACAGUUCAAACUCGACAUGGACGGCAAGGUUAUCCAGGCCGGAAAAUUCGAUAAUAAGUCCACCAACGAAGAACGAGACGCCCUUCUUCGGACGCUUUUGGAGACUGCCGAAGAUGCGGAGCAGCUUGGCGACCACGAUGAGAUGGACGAUGACGACCUUAACGAAAUCAUGGCUCGGUCUGAAGCCGAGGUGGGCAUCUUCCAGCAGAUCGACAGGGAUCGCCAGAAGAACGAUGCGUAUGGCCCUGGACACCGCUACCCUCGACUGAUGUGUGAAGAGGAGCUGCCCGAGAUCUACAUGCAGGAGGACAACCCAAUUACGGAGGAUCCCGAAAUCGAGAUCGCCGGCCGCGGAGCUCGUGAGCGCAAGGUGACCAAGUACGAUGAUGGCCUGACGGAAGAGCAGUGGCUAAUGGCGGUGGAUGCCGAGGACGACAGCAUUGAGGAUGCCAUUGCUCGGAAGGAGGCAAGGGUUGAGCGGCGCAAGUCCAACAAGGAAAAGCGUGGGAAGAAGGGAGGGGCCGAGUCAUCUCCCGAGCCGCCAUCUCGCGAAGGUUCCGAAACUCCUCAGCCCAAGAAGCGCCGCCGUGGCCCUGCACCGAAGCGCAAGGCUGAAGAAGUUGCCGAUGACACCCCGCAGCCCAAGCGCAAGCGUGGUCGCCAGCCCAAGACCGUGGACACGUUGAGCAGCGCCGACCGUGCCACCCUGACUCGUAUUCUUAAUAGCGUGGUUGACUCCCUGAUGGGAAUGGAGCAAGAGCUUCCGGCCGAGUCCUCUGAUGACGAGGAUGAACCCGUCGUUCGCGCAAUCAUGGACCCCUUCAUGAAGCCGCCUCCGCGCUCACAGUAUCCGGAUUACUACAUGAUCAUUCAGAAUCCCAUCGCGAUGGACACAAUCCAGAAGAAGAUCAAGCGGGACGAGUACCAGAAUCUCCGGGAGUUCCGCGAGGACAUCCACCUGAUCUGUCAGAACGCUCGGACAUACAACGAGGAUGGCAGUUUGCUCUUCCAGGAUGCCAACGACAUCGAGGCCAAAUGCUUGAUGGAACUGAAGAAGCAAACCGAGGGCCACCCGGAGUUUGCCAACUUUGACGACUCGGUUUCUGCCGCUGGAGAUGGCAUGUCCGCUCUUUCCGGCACGGAGACCCCGAUGACUGCUGGAACCCCUGGACAGCCCAAGCUGAAGCUCACCUUCAGCAACGCAAACCGAGACAGUGGCGGCAGUGCGAACGGCGCCGAACUGGACGACGAAGAGUAG